UCAGGCGUAGUUCCUGCUUCAGAAAGCUGGGUGUGAUCUUUGUAAGUGAAACCCUUCUCUUUUGUUUGCCAUUCGCAUUGAACUUGCUUCCUCAUUUUUUUGGCACUCCCCUUACUGACCCUGCCAUGUGUUUGUGGGAAGGAAGUCAACUGCCGACUCUUAUCAGUGAGGGGACCGAUUAACAGCCGGCGGAAUAAUUUUACAUCUUGUUCUACGUUUCAAGGACACCACGCUGUCCUUUUUCUACAGAGGAAACAUACAGACGCUCAGAGACACAGGAGGCAAGUGUGGACAUGUUUCUUUUCCAGGGACGUCUCUGUUUACUCUGAAGGAUCUGGCUGAGGAAGCCUGUCAUCGUGAGAACUUCUAUAAGCUUAUUUGAGGACUCUUUUUUUUUUAAAGAAAGUGAACUUCUGGUCUGCCAGGUUCCACACAGGACACUCAGGACAUUCAGCAUUGUCAAUAUCCUACCACUAGAGGACCCUGUUUGACAAUCUACAGGAGGUGUAAUUAUUGCUCUAAUAUCUAAAGAAGGAUAACUCUUUUUUUUGCCAAUAUUUCCUUCUUGUCUUUUUUUGUUCACGUUUCAUAUACAGUAAGUCUAAAGGUAGGACAAUGUCCAAAAAAUGAUAAGAGCAAAUGCAAUAGUAUUGUAGACAGUAAACCCAGCAAUACACUUUCAAUUUAAUCAGCCAUAAAAAAGAUAAAAGUGAGAGGAAACAAGUGUUUAAAGAUUUGUGUGAGUAACCAUUGACAGGGUGCUCCGAACCUGAUCUGCUGACACGAACAAGGAAGCUGCUCCCAGGUAUAUAAAACCUGUCAGCUGUGUUGUUAGGAACACCUUUGACUUGCAAAGUGUGAAGAAAGAGCAGUGCUGUACGAGAGCCGAUGAGUGUACAGGACUCAACUUCAGGGGUAGCAAAAUGCUGAAAAAACUCUUUAAAUUCCUGAGCUUCUUUGCUUUUUUCAGUGUGGCAUGCUUUGUGAUGCUUCUGUACUUUAGAAAUGACAGCACUUUCACUCCUUUUAUAAAGUUGCAUCAUGAGGUAAAGGUAGACAAGACAGUUCCUCAGUCGACCAAAGGACCAACGAAUGGAUCCCUUAGUCCCAUCCAAGAAAAGUCAGAGAAGCCACCCACUCCAAGGAAGACUUUGGAAACUUGCCCUGACACCCCUCCAAAUCUUGUGGGUCCCCUCUUUGUGGAGUUUAAUAGCAAAAGAUCUCUGGAUGAUAUAAGAAAGGAGAUGGGUCCUACUCUACAGGAGGGAGGACGAUACAAGCCACCAGACUGCAUCGCCCGGCAGAAGGUGGCCAUCAUCAUUGCAUUCCGAAAUCGGCAUGAGCACCUGAAGCACUGGCUGUAUUAUCUCCAUCCCAUACUGAUACGACAGCAGCUGGACUACACAGUGUAUGUAAUCAACCAGGACGGAGAGGGAGUGUUCAACCGGGCUAAACUGAUGAAUGUCGGCUACGUGGAAGCGCUGAAGGAAUAUGACUAUGAUUGCUUUGUCUUCUCGGACAUAGAUUUGGUCCCCAUCGACGACCGUAACCUCUAUAGGUGUUAUGAAAAUCCUCGACACUUGGCCGUAGCUAUGGACAAAUUUAAUUUCAAGCUACCCUACAACACCUACUUUGGCGGGGUUUCUUCAUUGUCCAAGCAACAAUACUUGAAGAUUAAUGGCUUCCCAAACACUUACUGGGGCUGGGGGGGUGAGGACGAUGAUAUCUAUAAGCGAAUUUACUACCGUGGAAUGUCCAUCUCUCGACCGGACUCUGUGUUGGGAAAGUACAGGAUGAUCAAACAUCAGAGAGACUUGCACAAUGAGGCUAAUCCAAAGAAUCCGGGUAAACUGAGCCAAACGUAUAGAGACAUGGAUAAAGAUGGGAUUAAUACCCUCAAAUACACAGUCAAGGAGAUUGGGAAGGAUAUUCUGUACACGUUCAUCACCGUGGAUAUCAACGCUCCGCCAAGCGGAUAAAAGAUGGUGGAACAUACGAAACUGGAAAUGCUGUUAACUCAUUGCUGUUUUAGUGUCAAUGGUCAAAGAAAACUAGGGGUGUGUGUGUGUGUGUGUGUGUGUGUGUGUGUGUGUGUGUGUGUGUGUGUGUGUGUGUGUGUGUGUGUGUGUGUGUGUGUGUGUGUGUGUGUGUGUGUGUGUGUGUGUGUGUGUGCGGUGUCCAAGUUUACCAUGCCAAUGCUAUGAGUAUGAAGUACAAUUGUUGGAACACCUUGCAUAUGACAAUCGUACAAUCGAAAAGGUAAUGCAAUAAUCAGCAUUGUUAAAUAUAGAUAGUGAAUUAAACACAAGACAAUCUACCUAUUUUAUUUAUGGAGUGUUUUUUAUUGAUUACCAUUUUUUUGUGAACCUUUAAGAUUUUUUUUUACAAAGUUUUUAUAUAUAAAUAGACCACAUAUUCAUGCUUAAUCAAGUUUAAUUAGCUGUCAUUUUGACCUUUAUUAAUGACGUACGCUGUCACCCAUUACGUGUUGGCGAGUGAUCAGGUGAUGGGUUUUUUAUUUCUCAUGUCACAAUAUUUUCUAAAUGAUUUUGUACUGAGACAUUUGUCCUAGCUGUAAGAAGUAAGAUAACUGUUUGAUCCUGUGAAUACUUGAAGGUGUGAUGAAAUCAAAAAUGGGUAAAUGUGUUCUAUAGUGGCGGGGAUGAACAGGUUGAUUUAUCUUUAAAUUGGAAAUAUGGGUUUACUGCUUUUUAUUUAUGGCCUUUUGCAUGUGACGAAUAUGCCUUUGUCUUGUGAACUCCAGGGAUGUUUUGGAAAGUUUUAUAAAGAUUUUAAAACAA